AUGGAUUCAAUUGUUUCAAACCAUACUCGGGAACUUGUUGACUUACCAAAGGGAUCAAGGCCCGUUGGAUGCAAGUGGGUGUUUAAAAAGAAAUAUCAUAGUGAUGGUACCUUAAACACUUAUAAGGCUAGAUUAGUGAUAAAAGAAUUUAGACAAAAGGAAGGUAUAGAUUAUUUUGACACAUAUGCACCAGUAGCAAAGACAACCACAAUUAGACUGUUAUUUGCCUUAGCCUCUUUAAAUGACCUUAUAGUUCAUCAGAUGGAUGUUAAAGCAACAUUCCUAAAUGGAGAUCUUGAUGAGGAAAUCUACAUGGAACAACCAGAAGGCUACGUGCUUCCUAGAAAUGAACUAAAGAAUGGGCAGGUGAUGGCUUAUGCUUCUCUGCAAAUAAAGAUUCACGAUAGGAAUUAUCCUACACAUGAUUUGGAGUUAGCUAUGGUUGUUUUUGUUCUGAAGACUUGGAGGCACUACUUAUAUGGUUCCAGAUUUGAAGUUUUCAGUGAUCACAAAAGUUUGAAUUAUCUCUUUGAUCAGAAGGAACUUCACAUGCGACAAAGGAGAUGGAAAUAUUUUCACAUACCGACGAUGAUGGUCAGAGAGCUAGAACUAAUUGAACACUUUAGAGAUUUGAGCUUAGUAUGUGAAGUGACUUCGAAUAGUGUGAAAUUGGGCAUGCUGAAGCUAACCAUUGGUUUUCUUGAAGAGAUCAAAGAGAAACAAAGUUUGGAUUUGGCUUUGGUUGAUCGACAAACAUUAGUUGGUCAAGGCAACAAUAAGGAUUUCCAAAUUGAUGAGAAUGGAAUUCUGAAGUUUCGAGGCAGAGUUUGUGUAUCUGGUAUGCCAGAGUUUAAGAGGAUGAUCUUAGAGGAGAGUCAUCGAAGCAGUUUGAGUAUUCAUCCAGGAGCCACCAAGAUGUAUUAG